AUGACUACGUCAGACCCAGUCGUCAAGACCAGGCCAGACCCGGUCGUCAAGACUACGCCAGACCCGGUCGUCAAGAGUCAAGACCAUGCUAGACCCGGUCAAGACCACACCAGAACCGGUCAUCAAGACCACGCCAGACCCGGUCGUCAAGAGUCAAGACCAGGCCAGACCCUGUCGUCAAGAGUCAAGACCACGCCAGACCCGGUCGUCAAGAGUCAAGACCACGCCAGACCCAGUCGUCAAGAGUCAAGACCACGCCAGACCCGGUCGUCAAGAGUCAAGACCACGCCAGACCCGGUCGUCAAGAGUCAAGACCACGCCAGACCCGGUCGUCAAGAAUCAAGACCACGCCAGACCUGGUUGUCAAGAGUCAAGACCAUGCUAGACCCGGUCGUCAAGACCAAGCCAGACCCGGUGGUCAAGAGUCAAAACCAUACCACGCCAGACCCGGCCGUUAAGACCACGCCAGACCCGGCCGUUAAGACCACGCCAGACCCGGUCGUCAGGACCACGCCAGACCCGGUCGUCAGGACCACGCCAGACCCGGCCGUUAAGACCACGCCAGACCCGGCCGUUAAGACCACGCCAGACCCGGCCGUUAAGACCACGCCAGACCCGGCCGUUAAGACCACGCCAGACCCGGCCGUUAAGACCUCGCCAGACCCGGCCGUUAAGACCACGCCAGACCCGGCCGUUAAGACCUCGCCAGACCCGGCCGUUAAGACCACGCCAGACCCGGCCGUUAAGAACACGCCAGACCCGGCCGUUAAGACCACGCCAGACCCGCCCGUUAAGACCACGCCAGACCCGCCCGUUAAGACCACGCCAGACGCGCCCGUUAAGACCACGCCAGACCCGGCCGUUAAGACCACGCCAGACCCGGCCGUUAAGACCACGCCAGACCCGCCCAUUAAGACCACGCCAGACCCGCCCGUUAAGACCACGCCAGACCCGGCCGUUAAGACCUCGCCAGACCCGGCCGUUAAGACCACGCCAGACCCGGCCGUUAAGACCACGCCAGACCCGGCCGUUAAGACCACGCCAGACCCGCCCGUUAAGACCACGCCAGACCCGCCCGUUAAGACCACGCCAGACCCGCCCGUUAAGACCACGCCAGACCCGGCCGUUAAGACCACGCCAGACCCGGCCGUUAAGACCACGCCAGACCCGCCCGUUAAGACCACGCCAGACCCGGCCGUUAAGAACACGCCAGACCCGGCCGUUAAGACCACGCCAGACCCGGCCGUUAAGACCAGAGCAGACCCGGCCAGAAUUGGACAAGACCAAACCAGGCCUGUUCGUAACGACCGCAAGACCUGGUCGUCUCAGCCCCGCCCACAGUCAUUAGGGCUACGGGCUGUUAGUGAUAUUACGCACACUGUUCCCCUGGAGGCCAGUUUCAGGUAA